AUGCGUCGAGGCCGGAAGAGAAAGCGCCGUGCCCGCAGGAAACGCCACCAGGCCCGGGGGGAGACUCAGAGUCUCAAGGGUGCCCAGGCCACUGAGGCGGAGGCGGCGGCGGUGGCGGCGGCGGCGGCGGCGACAGAAGAGAUACAAGAGUCGCCCACCUCCCCCACUUCUGUUUCUUGGGGUACUCCCCCGAGCUCCCCUGCUGCUGGCACUCGCCAGGAGCCUCAGGGAGCCCCAGCCACUAGCUCUCGUGAUGCAGGGGUUUCAUGCCCAGGAUAUGAGGAGGGUGCCCAGAGCCAAGAUGAGAAAAGUGAAAGUCCCUCCAAGGCAGCACCUUGCACUCACAGCAUAUGCAGAGAUCCUCUGAACAGGAAGGCAGGGACGCUGGUGCUAUUCCUGCGGGAGAAGUACAAGACGACGGAGCCCAUCCCGCAGGCAGCCCUGCUGGAGAGUGUCACCGAGCAGUACGAGAAGCACUUCCCUGAGAUCCUCAGCAGAGCCGCUGAGAUCAUGGAGCUGCUCUUUGGCCUCGAGCUGAAGGAAGUCGACCCCAGCAGUCACUCCUACGCACUCAUCAGCAAGCUGGCCCCCCCCAGCGAGGGAAGUCCGAGUGAUGAGUCGGGGUUGCCCACGUCCGGUCUCCUGAUGAUUCUCCUGGGCGAGAUCUUCACGAAGGGCAACCGUGCCACCGAGGAGGAGCUCUGGGAGUUCCUCAAUGCGUUGGGUUUGUAUGCUGGGAGGAGGCACUCCAUCUUCGGGGAGCCCAGGAGGCUCAUCAGCAAAGAUUUCGUGCAGCAGAAGUACCUGACGUACCGCCAGGUGCCCAACAGCGAUCCUCCGCGCUAUGAGUUCCUGUGGGGCCCGAGAGCCCACGCUGAAACCAGCAAGAUGAAAGUGCUGGAGAUUUUGGCCAAGAUCAGUGAUACGGUCCCCAGUGCCUUCCCAGAUCUCUAUGAGGAGGCUCUGAAAGAUGAGGAAGAGAGAGCAGGAGUGAGAGCCGCGGCCAGGGCUGCAGCUGUUGCUGAGGGCAGAGCCCCUUCCGGGGACAAGGCCCGCAGCUCCUCCCACAUGUAG